AUAUCCGCUAAUCCCGACUUGCAUUUUCUGGUCAUUGUCAAUCCCAACAGUGGUCCAGGUGCCUCUCCAUUACCCGAUGCCAACUACGUGCGCGAGGUCGCUCGAUUGAAUCGUUAUGCCAACGUGGUCACCGUAGGUUACAUCGCCAUUAACUACUGCAAGAAGCCCCUCCCGGAAGCCUUGGAAGAGGUCCAGACAUAUGCCACCUGGGCUGAUGAUUACGAGAGAACUGGUCUGGGCGUGGGAGGCAUCUUUCUCGACGAGACUCCGAACCUCUACUCGUCCGAAGCUGUCGAGUACCUGACCAGCUUACAACAUCACAUCAAAGGCACGCCGGGGCUUUUAGGUAACCGAUUGGUCAUCCAAAACCCAGGAACACCGCCAGAUGCGCCCCUGGCUAAUAUAGGACCCGAUCUGAUCCUGACUUGCGAGGAACCUUAUUCUCGCUAUCGGUCGAAUGAAGUCCAGUGUCGCCUCCGCCAACUCCAUUACGAUCGGGCCCGAUGUGGAUAUAUGAUACACUCGGUACCGCUGGAACACUUGCGCCCCCUGGUGCACGAACUACGUCAUAGGGCGGCGUACCUUUUCAUUACUGAGUUUUUCGGUGAGUUCUACGAGCGCUUUGGGCCGAGUAGCUGGACUGCUAUGGUGGAGGCUUCCCAGUCGGAGAGGGUUGAGCAAUGAGGACUGUGGUGCUGUGGAGCAGCGGCAGCGGCUGUGGCUGUGUGGCUGAAGAGGAAGUUCCGCCGGGUCAGAAUUUUUUCUUUCGACAAGCCCUUACCCUACCUAUCUUUGUUUCUCAAUAUAGCAACAACACCCCGCCAGUGUUUCAUGUAUUGUGUCCCUUGGAAAAGGUUUCCCCGGAACAACCCAGUAAGGUUCCUGAUGGGUGGUUUAUCCAUUGUUUUUCCGGCUUACUCUUUUGUUUCUACCUAUUUGCUUCUUGAUCAGUGUGGAUAGGAUAGAGCGGAUCACUUCGGGUUCCUAAGCGAACAUCUCCGAGAACGGACCAAGAAGAAUUAUAGACUAUUUCUCAAAACUAGGUAGACAAAA